AUGGCUAUUCCUCACUGGCUUCUCAUGUCUGCACUCUUCCUGCUGCCCCUCUUGGCACAGAUUUCAUCACAGGAACUAGGAUGUUCUGUCAGUAACAGCAACCCAAGCGUUCCUGAAAAUAAGUGUCCAUAUGUGGUGACUACCAUCCACGUGCAGCCAGGUUUCACCCUAACAAUUGAUCCCAAUUACCCCGACGGCCAAUUCUUCAGCAUUGAGGGCUCCGAGCUGCAGCUGACAAAGUGUGUGGACUAUGAGGUAGAUCCCAUACUGCUGCUGUCCCUGAUUUGCAAGGACCCUGCUGGCCAGAGCGAUUCCUUGCAAAUCCUCAUCACCGUUCUGAAUGAGAACGAUAACUCCCCCGUGUUUCCACAGCCAAACAUCACCAGGCAAGUCCCAGAGGAUACAGAAGUGGACACAGUCAUUGUAGCCCGUGAAGAAGUAACUGCUACUGAUGCUGACCUGGACACUAUCUACUAUGAACUCACUACCACAGUGCAGAACACAGACGGUUAUUUUGCCAUAAGAGGAGUUAAUAACCCGGAAAUUUAUUUAAAAACAGCAUUGGACUAUGACAAAUUUAAUUCAACAACGUUGCUCUUGUAUGCAAGGGACAGGCCUGUGACCACCAACAUGACCACUGCAACAAUAACCAUCACCAUCGAGCAGAGUGACACCCGGGCCCCCUGGUUCCUGCCCUGCACCCAGCUCCACAACGACACCAGCGUCUGCAUCAGCAGCCCCUACUCCGGCAGGGUCAACAUCUCCGAGAUGCCGACGGACCCGCUCCUCCUGGAGCCAGGACCCAUCUAUGCUGUUGACCCUGAUUACACCAUCAGUGACAGGAUCGUGUACAGGAUUGUUGGGGGGAAUACAAACGAAGUGUUCUCAGUGGACGCAGACACAGGGAAUUUAACCAUGAACAAAAUAGUGACUUCCCCAGAUUCCUUUCUAUUGCAAGUUAUGGCCACCCAGGUCAGCAAUGUAAGGAAAUACUCUGUAGCCACUGUAGUGAUCAAGGUCAUCAAUAAAAGCAACUUUCCACCCUACUUUGAGAAGGGGGUCUACAAUGGGGAGGUGUUUGCUGGGCUGCCCCAGAGAAGUUUCGUCUACCAAGCUGGAGAUCCUUCCACCCCCCUGGUGAUAACAGCAAUGGAUCAGGAUUUCCCUGAUAAAGUCAACCCCAACAUCGAGUACUAUCUCAAAAACAGCACCGAUUUCAUCGCAACCAGGGAUGGGCUCAUCCUGACCAACAAGGUGCUGGAGUCCCCAGGAACUGUGACCAUCCAGGCUGUUGGAAAAGAUGUGUUGAGCCUGCAGGAGGCAAGCACCAUAAUUGUGGUGGAGGUCAUUGUUGCCACAGCUGUUACCCCCUCUGACAAGAUGUACUCUGCUCAGGACAUGGCUAUCCUAGGGGGCACAUUAGCAGCACUGCUGUUAAUUGCCUUAGUCUUCCUUGGAGUACUGGUAUGGAAAUCAAGUAGAUGGUACAGAAAACCUUUCAAAUACCUGGUGAAGAAAAACUUUUCCAAGGAAACCUCUGGGGGUUACCAGAACAAAUAUUACCAGGAAGAUGAACAGCCAGGUGUGAGCCCCAGGCAGCAUGAGACAUCAGAAACCAGCAGUGUCCAGUCUGAGACUCCUGUGCCAGAGCAGCCAGCACUUGCCUCACACUUCUCCAGUGCAGAGGAAAUAGAGAGUCUCCCAAAGGGCUCCGUAGCUUCCACUGUCAUCUUUGACCAGGAAGAGGAAGAGGAAGAAAAGGAAGAAGAGUCUGGACAGGAGAAAGAAGUGAAGUCAAUCCUCAAAACAGACAGGCACGUGGCAGAUGAUGGCUACAAAGCUGUGUGGUUUAAGACUGAUGUGGACCCUGAGGCUGGAGAGAGGGUUGAAGUGAUUGAGAACAAUGCAGCAGAUGAUGAUAAUGAUGAUGGUGACAGUGACCAAGAUGUGCAGAAGAACGAGGAGGAGGAAGAAGGUUCUGACACAGAUGGUCACCACCGAGGGCUGGGAGUGUCCUUUUCCUCAGAGAACUCAUCACCCCCAGCAGCAGAGGUGACAGUCAACAUGUCUCACACAGGUGCAGGGACAGAUGACACUGAGGUGUAA